AUGGAUGCAAUAUUCACUCUUCUGUCACAUGCUCUGCCCUCAGUGUGGUCGACGAAAUCCUCUACGGCAGCAGAAUCUAUUCCAGAUUCUACUAUCCAUGGAGCUCGGGUGUCAUAUCCGAAGGAAUCGGUCCCAGUCCUCUAUCCCAACGAGAAGGUCGGCGAGCGAGUGACCUCCUACGCUGAAAUACACAGCUCAAUAUUGGAAGUCCCAGGACGUGAAGUCUCUCAGGGCAUUUAA